AUGACUGCGACAAGGGGCGUAAUUAAUCUGCCGGGUUCUCCUCUCUCGCCGCCAAGUGGUCGCUGCCCCUGGUCCUCCGGCCUACCAUGCGGGGUGCUGCCCAUGCGGCCGAGCAGAUCUCUCCGGCCUACCGUCGCCACAGUGGCCAAGAAAAGGCAGCUGGAAGUCGGAGAAAAUGCUGCAAGUUUGCAAAACCGGCUGGUAGUAUAUACUAACUACCAAAAUUUGCAUGUGACGAGCUCUUGUUCUUGUAUGUGUACUUUUCAGUUAGGAGUAAUAAAUGGCAUGUAUCAGAAGAAGGUUAGCGAGACUAGAACGAAGCAGCAGCUCCAGGAACCCGAACAGGCGCCAUCUUCCCAUGACACGGCAGGGGUAGCUACGGCGGCGCGCUUGCCUUUGCCUGCCUCCCCUCAGAUCCAAUGUUUCCCAACGUCUUCGACAAAUAUACAUCACCAACUAUCCAUGCUGGACGUCCUUGAAAAGAUUGGAAUAUCCAGGCAUUUUGCUGGUGAGAUCAAGAGUGUCCUGGACUUCACUUACAGUCGUUGGUUGCAGAGAGAUGAGGAGAUCAUGCUGGACACGGAGACAUGUGCCAUGGCAUUUCGUAUCCUAAGGAUGAACGGAUACGACGUCUCAUCUGAUAGCUUAUCACAUCUUACUGAAGCCUCCGUUCAUCUGAAUGAUACGAGAUCUUUGUUAGAACUAUACAAGGUUUCCCAAGUCAGUACCUCGAAAGACGAGUUGAUUCUGGACAGUAUAGGAUCCUGGUCAGGUCGCCUACUGAAGGAACAACUGAGAUCUAGUAAGGCACAAAGAACGACACCACUCCUAAGAGAGGUAGAACAUGCUCUUGAUAGCCCCUUCUACACUACGUUGGACCGCCUAGAGCAUAAGAUGAACAUCGAGAAAUUUGACUUUAUGGAGCAUCAGAUGCUAUGCUUGCCUCGGCAGAGAAAUCAAGACCUGCUAGCUUUGGGUGUCAUGGAUUUCAAUACAAGUCAAAUUGUGUGCCAACAAGAGCUUCAACAUCUCGAGAGUUGGGUGAAAGAUAGCAGGUUAAACCAGUUACCUUUUGCACGACAAAAGUUAGCCUAUUUCUACCUCUCUGCCGCCGGCACCAUGUUGCCUGGAGAGUUAUCCGAUGCUCGGAUUCUAUGGGCCAAGAACGGUGCGCUUACGACGGUCGUUGACGACUUCUUCGACGUCGGGGGAUCAAAAAAUGAAUUGGAGAAUCUCACCACAUUAGUUGAGAUGUGGGAUAAGCACGAGGAAAUUCAGUACUACUCCAAACAUGUAGAGAUUGUUUUUUCUGCAAUCUACAACUCGGUGAACCAGCUUGGAGCAAAGGCUUCUGCGGUGCAGAGCCACAAUGUCACCAAACACUUUGUAGACAUAUGGCAAGAUUUGAUGAGAAAUAUGAUGACCGAGGUGGAAUGGAGAGAGAGCGGAUAUAUUCCAACACCAGAGGAGUACAUGGAGAACGCGGUUGUUACGUUUGCAUUAGGCCCCAUUGUGCUCCCAGCACUCUACUUUAUUGGGCCAAAGAUUACGGAGUAUACCGUCAGAGAUACUGAGUAUAACGAGCUAUUCAGACUAAUGAGCACUUGUGGGCGUCUCCUGAACGAUGUCCAAACUUACGAGAGGGAGUACAUCGAUGGUAAAAUAAAUAGCGUAUCUCUGCUCGUUCAUCAGAGUGGUGGCUCGCUGACCAUACCAGAGGCCAGGAAAGAGUUGCAGGAGCCCAUAGACACAUGUAGAAGAGACUUGUUGAGGUUGGUCCUCAAAGAAGACAGUGUCAUGCCUAGACUAUGCAAGGAGUUGUUUUGGAAAAUGUGCAAGACAUGCUACUUUUUUUACUACCAAGGAGACGCGUUCAGCUCGCCAGAUGAGAAGGUUGGUGCGGUGGAUGCGGUGAUCCAUGAGCCACUCCAGCUCCCCCUGAAUCUACACCCUGGUCUCGACUUGUCCUGUCUGCAUCAGAGAAAAAAAUGA